CAACACGUGCGUCACGUGCAUGAUUCCACGCGCCGAUUGCGCCACCAGCGCUUUCACGGCGCCGAAGAGCUGACGGGCGCCCAAUCUCUGCAAGAGAUCAGGGAUGCUUGCCUCCCCCAUUGUUCGUACCGGAACCUAUGGCGUCGGCGCUGCGCACCCGGGCAUCCAUCGUUAUGCGGCCAAAGUAGAGGGGGGGCGAUGGUCCGCUGAGGUGGCUGGUGUUGCCCGUGGUGGGAGAGACGCGGAAGGCGGAUCUGCACAAUUGCGCAUCUUUUGCUGUCAAGCUUGAGCACGGUGUGCAUGGCUUGGAGAGCGUGCGAGGGGGUGAGCCAGUCUGAGA